AUGCAAGAUGAAAUGUGUGAAGAAGAAGACAUUGCUGUAGAUUGGCUUAUACCAAACAAUAUAAAUACAGAAGUGCAGAAGGAACAGAUAACAGACAAAAUCAAAGAAGAUGCUUUUGUUAAUACAAGUCAUGAGUUCCAAAAUUAUGAGAAUAAAUCACAGGAUUGCUUAAUGAGUUUUAGUGAUGAGUCUUGUCAACAAAAUGUUGACAGUUUCCCCACUCAAUUUUUAAACAUGCCAGAUCUAGAUCCAGAACCAUCAGAAAGAUCAGGUGUUGAAUUAUUAGCAGAAUUCAAUAUUGAAAAUGGACAAGACAUUGCUGUAAAAGAUGUUAAACAAAAUGAUCAUCAAUUUCUUAAUUGUGUACUUCCAUCUAUAAGUAGUGAUGAUGUAUCAAUGACAGAGAAACACAAUGAAAAUACAAAUCACUAUCACAGUGAAUGGGACCAAAUGUUUAAUGAAAUCAUCACCAGCAAAGGGUCAUCACAAGAAUCUUCAUCUAAUUUAAAAGAGCUCUAUACUCAAAUAUCUCAGACAAUUCAUUUA